CGGCGGGGAGAGGUGCCGCUGCAGGCCCGGGCCGGGCAGGCGAGGACGGCGGCGGGAGGUGCCAUGGCUCUGCCGGGUGGAAAUAAGGAUAACAUCAGAGCAGGAUGUAAGAAGUGCGGCUACCCUGGUCAUCUGACAUUUGAAUGUCGAAACUUCCUCCGAGUAGAUCCUCAAAGAGAUAUUGUUUUAGAUGUUAGCAGCACUAGCAGUGAAGACAGUGAGGAAGAAGAACUACAGAGAUUGCAAGCUUUGCGUGAAAAAAAGAAUCUAAAUGAGGAGGAAGAAAAAAAGAAACAAAAAAGAAAAAGCAAAGAAAAAAACAGAUUAAAGAGACCAAGGAAAAGAUCUUCCUCAUCAAGUGCAGCUGAAGAGGAUAGGCCAAAGUCAAAAAAACAAAAAGCACACAAAAAAGAAAGGCAAAAGGAAAAAAAGAAUAAGUCUAAGAAAGGAAAACAUCAUAAAAAGGAGAAAAAGAAGAGACGAAAGGAAAAACGUUCAUCUUCUGAUAGUUCAGACAGUUCUAGUAGCGACUGAGACACAGAAUGCUUCCACCUGAGCAGCUUGGCAUACAGCUGCACUCUAAGUCUCAUGGGAGUCAAAAUAUGAGGAGGAGCAACACCUUCUUCACAAUAAUCUCCAGUGCCUAUGUUUCCUACAGUGGGUUAGAGCAUUGAGUCAGUAUGAAGUAUUUUAUGGUAUUUCGCUGGUUACUGCUAUUUGGCCUGAAAGUGAGAUCCCUAGAUCUAACUCUGUCUUUCAGACUUUUAUGUUUCACACCCAGUACCCUUAUUGUUGGGCAAUUUGUGCUGUAGAUGCUGUGCUAGGGAACAUUAAAAGAUCAAAAUACUCAUGGAAGCCACACAGCAAAGAGAAGUAAUCUGUAACUUUCUAUGUAGGUCUCUCAGUAGAGGAUGGCAAGAGUCCUUGCAUCUGCUGGCUUUGGUCCAAUCUAAUUUUUCAGGUCAUAUAUCACGAUUUCUUGGAUGGGCUUGGAUAAUACACCUAAGAGAGACCGGAC